GUGAAACCGGUAACAACAAAUACCACUUGUCUUUUAGACAUUUUUUGACCUUCUGGCGCCAAGAUUUUGAUGAUUCUCAAUAUUUUCCGCAACAUAGAUAAGUCGAAAUUAAGACGUCUUCAUCUUCACGGUAUUGGGUCAUAUUUUUCUGUUUCCUGGUAGUUUGCGAGUGCGAGUGCCCAACCGAAACCAUAGGUACAAAAGGCAGAGCUCCCCACACACUCAACCCCAUUCCGAGAGGAUAAUUAGCAUCAGGAGCCCGGAAUCAACCGCGAACAAUAAUCCGGGCCCACAAUGGAGCUCCAACUAUAUCGCCUCGUCCUCCUCCUUUCAUCUCUGUCCGAUCGUAUCGUCGCCGGCUGCGAUCUGGAUCUGUUAUUCAUCCAGAAACGAGUGAGCAUCGAGGAGGCGGUGAUGGAGUCCCCGAUUGUCUUCAGGGGGAUGAGUCUGGCGUCGGAGAGAAAUCAAGUCGGCGAAUUCACGGCACGCUUCGAAUUAUUGAAUACUUUCAAGGAUAUGCCGGCUUUCGGGGAUCGCUGGGGCAUAUCUAUAGAUGCCGACGAUAGGGUAGUCAAUGUGACUGUAAUGGGAGAACUAACCGCCGAAUGCACUGCCGGCGUCGCGGCGCCUAUCGAGUACAUUGUGUUCGGGGACGCUGUCGGCGGGAGAGUCACAGCCACCUCCGUUAUAAAGUGGAAUGAACGGAUAGAUGAAAGAGUGUGGAUGGUAUUGGGCUGGAGCGAAUGGGGAGAAUGGUCACCCUGUAGCGUAUCCUGUUCUUCUGGAAUACAACAACGCGUACGUCAUUGCCAGACUAACAGUUGCUCGGGGUAUAAUGUGGAACAGAGGCAUUGCAACAUGUUCAAAUGCGAUGAAACAAUCAACCCAUUAAACUUGGAAGAUGAACGUUUCUUCCAUCCUUCGAGAGAAAACUGGAAGGCGGUCCCUGAUCGUCCAUCAGCUUGGCGCCUAGAGCCCUACACUUACUUGUGGGUACCAUCAAUGCUCCUCCUAGCUGGUCUCAACAUCACAGAGUUCCCCAAACAGUUCUCGAUUUUCUUCACCGUCAGACUGUCCAACAACACGUGUGGUACUAUCUUCAGUCUGCGUUCUAGAACACAACAAGAUACUUACCUUUCUAUCGACUUUAGAAAGGAUGAUUUGAAGCUGUCUCAUGCGGCUCAGAAUGGUUCGGACAUUGUGGUUAUACCUGUGGAUCUGGCUGAUGAUCAUUGGCAUCAGAUUGCGAUAAGCAUACGCGACGGCAACGUUAUAGAGUGUUUCGUAGAUUGUCAAUGGGUUAUGACCGAUAUUCUAAGAUCUACCUCACUAGAUCUUCCAGAAGAUUCAGACUUGAUCGUUGGUUAUUUGUUCUCGGGUGACCUGGAACAGCUUUCCAUAACUAUUGAUCCUUACUUGGUCGACCAGCAUUGCUCGACGUCCAGAACACCGAUUAUCGAUCCUAGUAUGGAUGUGACCUAGUGGAUUGAAAAAAAAGAAGAAGAAGAACGAAACUAAACCGAUAUAUAGAGCUGUAUAUUCGAGAGGCAUAAUUUUGUACUCAACGGUGAUUUUUACUCACAUAUAUUGUUCGUUUGAUCAAGAUUUAGGGCUUGUGUAUUCGAUAUUAUAUAUUGAAAUCUAUGUGGAUGUAAUGAAAACUUACUGUUUAUAUAAUAACAUCAUUUAUCCAUAAUUUGUGGAGUGAUAGCAAUAAAAAAACGCCCCAAAAUAUUUUGUGCAAGAUAAUAAUAGCAGUCUAAUCAUAACCGGAUGUUCAAGAAAAUUUUCUCACAUAAAAAUCGACAUAAAAAAUGGAAGAAAUUUAAAAACAAACUCACUGACUAAAGCUGAAGUUUCGCUGAAACCAUACCUUUAGUAAGGUUCUAAUCUA